AUGAAUAGUAUUAAACUUGUAGUUCUUGGUUCUGGAUGUGUCGGUAAGAGUUCUCUUACCAUUCGUUAUGUCCACAAUGAAUUCAUUGAUAAGUAUGACCCAACCAUUGAAGAUAUGUACCGAAAAGUCGUUGAGCUCAACGGUGAUCAUUUCAUGUUGGAGAUCAUGGACACUGCCGGAACUGAAACUUUCUUAGCCAUGAGAGACUUGUAUAUUAGAAAUGGACAGGCAUUCAUGCUCGUCUACAGUAUUACCUCAAGAACUAGCUUCCAAGAGCUCGAACAGGUCAAAGACCAAAUUCUUAGAGUCAAAGACGUUACCGUUGCCAAGUUGCCUAUUAUUGUCGUUGGAAACAAAUCCGACUUGGAACCAGAACGUCAAGUAAGCUCACAAGAAGGUGAGAAUCUUUCCAGUAAAUGGGGUAUCCAAUUCCUCGAGACCAGUGCAAAGACCAACAUGAACAUCACCGCCGCUUUCGAGCACUUGGUUGCCCAGGUACAAAAGAAAACACUCGGAUCAAAGAGAAAGGAUAGAAAGAGAAUCAAUUUUUGUCAACUCCUGUUACAUAAUAGAUAUCAUAAUCAUACAAAUUCAAAUAAAGAUGGUCAUUCAAAUCCAAAUAAGAUACAAUCAUGA